CCCUAACAAUACCGCUCUUCUUCUCUUCUUCUUCUUCUUCUCCUGCAGCCUUCUCUUCGAAUUUUAUUCACAAAGACACACAGAAACACAAUGAGAGAAGGCAAAAAGGGCUCUACUGGAGCAAGCUCACUGAAGAAGAAAGAGAAGCUGAAGAAGACUAAAACAAAUCAAAACCACAAUGAAGAAGACAACAACACCAUAAUAACGAAGAAGAAGAAUACCAAGAAGACUGCGAAGAAAGUUCAAUUCGAAAAACAAGAAAAAGAACCUUUACAGAAGAAAAAACAGCAGCAGCAACAAUUGCCUACUACUGAUUCCCAGUCCGAGUCUGGCUCUGAGUCUGAUUAUGAGGAUUUUUCCGAGGAUGAUGUGUCGGAGGAUUAUGAAUUGUUGAGACAAUCAGAGGAUGGAGAAAGUGAAUCCUCGGGAGAAGAGAUACAUGGUAACCAUAGUGACAGUGGGAAUGAUGAUUAUCAUGGUCUAGAAGAUCACAGCAACGGUUCUGAGUCCCAUCAAGGGGUGGAAGAAAGUGAUUCAUCUGAAGAUGAGGUGGCUCUUCGAAAUACAGUUGGGGAUGUUCCCUUAGAGUGGUACAAGGAUGAAAAACACAUUGGAUAUGAUAUAUCUGGCCAGAAGAUAACAAUAAAGGAAAGACAAGAUAAAUUGGCUUCCUUUCUUGCAAGUGUUGAUGACUCAAAAAAUUGGCGCAAGAUUUAUGAUGAGUAUAAUGAUGAGGAGAUAGAGCUGACAAAAGAGGAGACUAAACUUAUUUGUAGAUUACUCAAAGGAAAGGCACCGCAUGCUGAAUUUGAUCCUUACCCGGAUUAUGUUGAUUGGUUUAAGCAUGAUGAUGCUUUACAUCCAUUGUCAAAUGCUCCAGAACCAAAGAGGCGGUUCAUUCCGUCUACAUGGGAAAGUAAGAAGGUGGUUCAGUAUGUGAGGGGAAUUCGCAAAGGAUUAAUAAAGUUAGAUGAGCCAAAAGAAGAAGAACAACGUUUCUAUCUCUUGUGGGGAGAUGAUUCAAGUGCAGCAGAACAGGCCAACCGUUUAUCCUACAUUCCUGCGCCAAAACCAAAAUUACCAGGGCAUGAGGAAUCGUACAAUCCUUCUCUUGAGUACAUUCCAACACAAGAAGAGAUUAACUCCUAUCAGUUGAUGUAUGACGAAGACAGCCCUAAAUUUAUUCCAAAACGAUUCACAUCAUUUAGAAGCAUCCCUGCAUAUGAGAAUGCUGUUAAGGACUCUUUUGAACGUUGUAUGGAUCUAUACUUGUGCCCAAGAGUUCGGAAGAAGCGGAUUAAUAUUGAUCCUGAAAGUUUAAAGCCCAAGCUGCCAAGUCAAAAGGAUCUGAAGCCUUAUCCUGCAACUUGCUAUCUUGAGUAUAAAGGUCAUAAGGGUGCAGUUAUGACAAUUUCUACUGAUGCUUCGGGGCAGUGGAUUGCUUCAGGCUCUACUGAUGGAACUGUGCGUAUCUGGGAGAUUGAGUCUGGUAGAUGUCUCAGAAUCUGGGAGAUUGGUGAAGCUGUGCAGUACGUGGCAUGGAAUCCUGUACAUGAGCUUCCUUUAUUGGCAGUUUCUGUGGGACAGGAUGUACUGAUUUUGAACAGCGGAUUUGGGAAUCAAGAAGACCAAAGAAAAGUUAAGGAACUUCUGCAUGUUCAGACUCCUACAGCACUAGAUGACUCUGACAACAUGGCAUCCAUUGUGAGUUGGCAUCAAGAUGACAAACAUGAUGGGAUUAGGUUGAAGCAUUUUAAGACCGUAACUUCAGUUGAGUGGCAUCGUAGAGGAGACUACCUUUCAACAGUGAUGCCAGCCGGUGAAUCUAGAGCAAUUCUUAUGCACCAGCUCUCUAAGAAGCUUUCCCAUCGAAUCCCGUUUAAGUUGCAUGGACUUCCUGUAUCAUCAGUAUUUCAUCCUACACGUUCCGUAUUCUUUAUUUCAACUAAGAAGAAUAUUCGUGUUUAUGAUCUGGUGAAACAAAAGCUCAUAAAAAAACUUGAGACUGGGUUGCGUGAAGUCUCCUCAGUUGCAAUUCAUCCUGCUGGUGAUAAUUUAAUUGUUGGUAGCAGAGAAGGAAAAUUGUGUUGGUUUGACAUGGAUCUAUCAUCUAAACCUUACAGAGUUCUCAAGUGUCAUCCAAAAGAUAUCACAAAUGUAGCCUUUCACCGAUCAUACCCACUAUUUGCAUCAAGCUCUGAUGAUUGUACUGCAUAUGUUUUUCAUGGCAUGGUUUAUUCAGAUCUAAACCAGAAUCCUCUCAUAGUUCCUCUGGAAAUUCUCCGAGGGCAUAAGACCUCAAAUGGAAGAGGUGUUUUGGAUUGUAAAUUCCAUCCAAGACAGCCCUGGUUAUUUACGGCAGGUGCUGAUUCAGUCAUUAGACUGUACUGCCAUUAAGAUGAUAAGAAGGAAGCGAACGAUUCUUUUCACACUUAAAAUGACUGCAUACUCGGUAACGGGAAGAAAAGGGUGUGAUUAAGGCCUGAGAGCCUGAAUGAAAUUUGUAACUUGUGGAAGAAAGAUUGUUUCAACAUUACAGAUGGGAGGAGCUGAGAACCUGAAUUUUGUAUUGUGCAGUAGAAAGGUUGUUUAAACAUUAAAGAUACAUGGUGUUCGGCUACUGAAUUCUUGUCCCAGUUUAGUAAAUGAUCACUAAAGUGGGUUCGUUAUAACCCUUGGCCGUAAUA